GUGGGCCUCGCAGAGCCCUUGCUCGGUCUCCGGAUCGGAGAAGGGAGCUUCGUUCUGCCCCCGCUGUGGUCCCGCCUCGCUGUCGUCUCAGCCGCCCCCGCUAAUAAAAGUUUGUUGCCCUUUUUCUGGCUCAAACAGCCCUUGGAAUCUGGAGGCGUGGCCAGAGGGGCGGAGCCUGUGGGCGUCGUGGAGAUGGUGCCUAGCAACGUCGAGGGAGGGCGUAGAGGGAGCCAACUCAGUUCCACAGGUCACCCAGGGAGGGACCUCAUGACCGACUCCAAGCAGGAUUCGCCAGAGCUAAAGCCAUGGGCGACUCCACUCCCAAAGGAGACCAUACAGCGCAUCUUCGGGACCAGCCAGGCGUUCCGCAGCUUUGAUGAAAUAAGACCGACACUCUCUGAAAUAACAGUUCCUCUCAAAGUCAGGGAGUACUACCACCGAGGCCACUGGUGCUUGGAGCGAGAAGACUGGGAAACAGCUGUGGUGUUCUUCUCCCGUGCCAUCCACCUGGACCCCCAGCUGGUCGAGUUCUACGCCUUAAGAGCCGAAGCCUACAUCCAGCUCUGCGACUACUCCUCGGCUGUCCAGAACCUGCGGAGGGCCCACUCCUUCCAGCCGGAGAACACCCAGUUCCUGAAGCGCCUCACCUUGGUGCUUUACCUGCAGGGCCAGUGCCUGUUUGAACAGUGUGCUUUUGCGGAUGCCCUGAAUGUCUUCUCGCAAGCCUUCGAGCUCCAGCCUGAGAAACCCAGCUUCCGUUACCGAUGCAUGGCCUGUCUCCUGGCGCUCAGACGAUAUCAGGACUGCCUCUCACUUGUCACCAAGGAGGUGGAGCAUGACGCAACUAACGCUGACAUCUACAUCCUCCGAGCCAGGCUCUAUAACUCCAUGGGGAAGCCCCACCUCUGCUAUCAAGACCUGCACAACGCCUUGGUAUUGGAUCCCAAGCACACACAGGCAAAGGUGCUGCUCAAGACGAUGGUAGAGCAGUCCCAGAAGUCAUACCGCGAUGCCAGGAUCCUAGCCGUGCAGGGCAAGCUGCAGCAUGCAGUGCAGUGUGUGAACUGUGCCAUCGAUAACAACCCUCUGGACCCCAGCUUCUUCCUCUUCAGGGGCACCAUGUACCGCCGGCUCCGGGAUUUUGACGCGGCGGUGGAGGACUUCCUGAAGGCGCUGGACAUGAUGAGCGAGCACCAGGAGGACAUGGUGCGGCAGGCGCAGCGCCAGCUCCUGCUGGCCUACAACGACUUCGCCCUGCACUGCUACACGCAGGGCGCCUACCAGGAGGGCGUGCUGCUGCUCAACAAGGUCCUCAAGGACGAGCAGCGGGAGAAAGGCCUCUACAUCAACCGCGGCGGUGAGGGGGCAGCGGCCGGGCGCCUGAGGCCCCCCGGGAGGGAGGGAGGAAGGGAGGAGGGAACGAGGAAACGGUUAAGAGUCUCAGUGUCCCACGGACACACGUGGGGAAACACUGCCUUCAAGAAACUGGCUACAGCCUACGGCCUGCUCAGUCAUCAGGCAGCUGGAGAGGUGGACCAGCCCCCGGUUUCAGGCCCCGCCCUCUGGGUGGAGAAGGCUGAGCUAGGCUCCUGGACACUGGGGUGGGGGGCCCCAGAUUGCUUCUUCCAGUUGGGCUACCUGAACUUCGCUGAGGCGGACUACCAGGAGGCGCUGGCGCUGAGCCCGUCGGACGAGGGCGCCAACCUGCGCAUGAGCCUGCUGCAGGAGAAGAUGGGCUGCUGCGAGCACAGGAGCAGACAAUUCCAGAAGGCAGAGAGCCACUUCACACUGGCCAUCCAGCACAAUCCCCAGAUGGCUCAGUACUACCUGCACCGCGCCAGAAGCCGGCAGUUCAUACAGAACAUUUUUGGGGCCCGCCAGGACGUUGCAACUGCCCUGAUCCUUGACCCUAAGCAACCGAAGCUGCUCUCGCUGAUAACCCACCUCUUCCCGGGGAUGUCAGCGGAGGAGGUGCUUGGCAGCCAGGUGGGCCUCCUGGCCAAGAUGCAGCUGAGUCGGGUGGUAGAGAGCAGGAUGAAGGAUAACAUCUCUCAAGGCAUCAUGGGGCAGCUCUAUAAGCAAGAACUGGAGCGCCAGAAGGCCGAGGCCCUGCAGCUUUCGUGGAAGGAGGAACGGGUUUUGUGGGAGACCAAACCGCAGCUGGACUCCACGUCCCUGAUCCUGCAGGAAGAGCCAGAACGCCCAGAAGAGGCCGUGGAUGCCAAGAAGGAGAAGCCGGAGAAGUCCCUAUCCGACAGCUACCCCGACCAGACCUCGUCAGUCUCCAUGUUGGGCUUCAGGACCUUGUCUGUCUCCGAGACGGAGACGUCCACUACCUGUCAGGAAUACAGGAGCACCUCGGCCACCCCUGUGCCCCUCACCUCUGAUUCCUCCCUGCUGAGGACGCAAUCCUCAGACCUGGGAAAGGACAGGGAAGACUCAAGCCUGAACCUCAGCCCCACAGACAGGGGCCAGAGCCAGCUGUUCAGCAAGACCGAGGUCACGAGGAGCCAGAGCCAGAAGCCAAGCAAGGCGAAGGCCGCCCAGGGCCCAAGGCAAAGGCCCUCCAAGACCGAGGCCACCCAGGGCCCAAGGCCAAAGCCCUCCAAGACCGAGGCCACCCAGGGCCCAAGGCCAAAGCCCUCCAAGACCGAGGCCACCCAGGGCCCAAGGCAGAGGCUCAGAAAGACCAAGGCGGUUCACAGGCGGAGCCCCAUCAAGGCUGAGGGCACCCAGGGCCGGACCCGGGGACUGAUGCGAAGUUCCAGCAAGACCAAGAAUGAUGAUGACCCAAGCUGGAGCCCCAGCAACACGGAGGACGCCCAGGGCGAGGGCCAGUGGCUCAUUAUGGCCAAGGUGCUCGAGAACUGGAACCAGAGCCCAAGCCCAGAAUCCAGCAAGACUGAUGUCAUCCAGGACCAGAGCCAGAACCCCAGCCUUGGCAGUGUCACUGCUCUCCAAAAGGGCCACUGA